AUGAAUUAUUUAUCGGCAAUAAUCCUAUUUAACCCAAACCUGCCGAAUCUGAUCCAUAGGGAUAUAAUUAGACUCGAACAACAACUACUCGAACAACAACUGUAUAUAUAUUUACUGCAAAGAUAUCUACUAUUGAAAUACCGCUCGGAAUCGGAAUCACAAACAAAAUUACAAACAUUUAUGACUUCAUUGAAAGACUUGGAAAUAAUGAGUGAAAUCCGGAGAUCAGAACCGAUUGAAUUAGCUUAG